ACAAGGAUAAAGGGUCACACAGGCCUCGUGGAAAAUAAGGUUUGAGAAAACCUCACUCUGACGCACACAUAUAAAUUACAUUUUGCCUAUCAUAUAAUGACAAUUGCCUUAAAGGGAGGGGUCUCACAUUUAUGCUCUGGUUUCCAGCGUGAGUGCAUCUCUAUCCACGUGGGGCAGGCAGGCGUCCAGAUCGGCAAUGCCUGCUGGGAACUGUACUGCCUUGAACAUGGAAUUCAGCCCGAUGGCCAGAUGCCAAGUGACAAAACCAUCGGCGGAGGGGAUGACUCCUUCAACACGUUCUUCAGCGAGACUGGGGCUGGCAAGCACGUGCCAAGAGCGGUGUUUGUGGACCUGGAGCCCACCGUGGUUGAUGAAGUGCGCACAGGGACCUACAGGCAGCUCUUUCACCCAGAGCAGCUGAUAACCGGGAAGGAGGACGCAGCCAAUAACUACGCCCGAGGCCAUUACACCAUCGGCAAGGAGAUCGUGGACCUGGUCCUGGACCGGAUCCGCAAGCUGGCGGACCUGUGCACGGGGCUGCAGGGCUUCCUCAUCUUCCACAGCUUCGGGGGCGGCACCGGCUCUGGCUUUGCAUCCCUGCUCAUGGAGCGGCUCUCGGUGGAUUACGGCAAGAAGUCCAAGCUGGAAUUUGCCAUUUACCCAGCCCCGCAGGUGUCCACGGCUGUGGUGGAGCCCUACAACUCCAUCCUGACCACCCAUACGACCCUGGAACACUCGGACUGUGCCUUCAUGGUGGACAACGAGGCCAUCUAUGACAUAUGCCGGCGCAACCUGGAUAUCGAGCGGCCCACGUACACCAACCUCAACCGUCUGAUUGGGCAGAUCGUGUCCUCCAUCACGGCCUCCCUGCGAUUUGACGGGGCCCUGAACGUGGACCUGACGGAAUUCCAGACCAACCUGGUCCCGUACCCCCGCAUCCACUUCCCCCUGGCCACCUAUGCGCCGGUCAUCUCAGCCGAGAAGGCCUACCACGAGCAGCUGUCCGUGGCCGAGAUCACCAAUGCCUGCUUUGAGCCGGCCAACCAGAUGGUCAAGUGUGACCCUCGCCAUGGCAAGUACAUGGCCUGCUGCAUGUUGUACAGGGGGGACGUGGUCCCGAAAGAUGUCAACGCAGCCAUCGCCACCAUCAAGACCAAGCGCACCAUCCAGUUUGUGGAUUGGUGCCCGACUGGGUUUAAGGUGGGCAUCAACUACCAGCCCCCCACCGUCGUCCCUGGCGGGGACCUGGCCAAGGUGCAGCGGGCCGUGUGCAUGCUGAGUAACACCACGGCCAUCGCUGAGGCCUGGGCCCGCCUGGACCACAAGUUCGACCUCAUGUACGCAAAGCGAGCCUUUGUGCACUGGUACGUGGGGGAAGGCAUGGAGGAAGGCGAGUUCUCCGAGGCCCGGGAGGACCUGGCCGCCCUGGAAAAGGAUUACGAAGAGGUGGGCGUGGAUUCCGUGGAGGCAGAGGCUGAAGAAGGGGAAGAGUACUGAAUGGGCGCGGCUGGCAACUAUCCCUUUAUUAUUUCCUCCCACAACAUAACAAGAUAUAUUUACUUAUUAAAGUUUAUGUAUUGAGGUAUCACCUGUCUCUUGUGCUUCAUUCUGACAAAGUUCCUUGUCCACGUAGCCGCCUGUUUCUGCUCAGUAAAAGUUAAGCAUAUUUAUAUUUGUUACUGCAUUACUGCCAGAAAGAGUUCAAAAGGCAUGGCUUAGGGGAGUAAAAGGAAAAUUCUUUGACUAUUUUAAAUGUAAAUAUUCUUAAGUCCUUUGCCCCAUCUUGACGUUCUCUGGGGGAUCUAACAGUCCUGUGACGGUUUUUCCUAAAUCGUGGAGCGGCUGCUUCACCUUCGGUCAGCGGGGCCAGGGAGGCAGCCCCGCGCCGGCACUAACCCAGCUCCCGACACCCCGAUUCCAAGGCCCGGAGCU